UUAUCUUUCCUUAGCACGUUGUGAAAUAUGUGCCCUGAUUCUGGAUGAAAUAUACCAUCACGUUCCUCAGGGUCUCUGUUUGAGGUGUAUUUCUAUGUAGAUUCUUAAAAAGAUUAUUUAUAACCAUAUUGAAUUGUUUGUGUCACAUACAGUACGUCAGUAUUGCCACAAGACUAGGAUUUAUCGACGGGCUUAGCUCCUGCAUAAAUUAUGCAUAAUUAGCCAGCCCGAGAGAAGCAGUGCAUGGCGGUCCUGUGAGGAUUUUUGGUUGUAGGUCUAAGCAAUGGAGAUAGAAGACCUGGAGUCUGAUCUACCUGAGGUUGAAUCAGAUCACAUGUCACCGUUGCCGUCGGAAACAGAUGGUAUUGGACAAGGUGGCGAGGAGUCGUGUGACCCUGUGCACACCAUGGAAGGGGUGGAUGAGAGCAUUGUUGUGGCCGAUAUUGAUGAGCACUCCAGUGAAGUGGCGGAAAAUGAGACGGAACAUACAGCCUCUGUCUCUAUGAUGGAUCCUACAGCGAGUGAGCUUGCCAAUGCCAUACCAGUGUCCUCACAACAAGUAAUAGGCUUGCUGCUUCAAGCCAAUGAGCAAGCAGAAAACAUGGUAAAUGACCCCAACAAUGCUCAGCAGAUCAGUGUGUCGGUUUCACUACCAGAGGGCACUGUUGUCGCGACAGAGGCGGGGCAGACGGUCCAAGCUGUCACGCUAGCUGAUGGGACCACAGCAUUUAUACAGCAUCCAAGAGAUGCUAAGUUUCUGGAGGGGCAAACAGUCACCUUGGAAGAUGGAAGCACAGCCGUUGUGCAGGGCAUUGCAGAGAAAGUGGGUGGUGUGGACCCUUCGACGGGAGAGAAGAUGGUGGAGAGUCAGCCCAUACAGUUGGAAGAUGGCACCACAGCCUAUCUGCAACCCACGUCUAAAGCUGCAAUGGCCGAGGGACUCCAAGCUAUCACACUUGAGGAUGGUACUACGGCCUAUAUCGCCCAUCCGAACCCUGAAGCUCUGUUUGGUGAGGCAGCAACUCUAGACGGCAGUGCGCUCAGUCUUGAACAUUUGUCACAGGUUUCUGCAGAGCAGGCACAUGCUCACAUCAACCAUGAGGAGGAGAAGCCUGCAGCAAAUCCUACCACUAUAACUGUGCUAGGGCAGGGCUGUAACCGGAUUGCCACAGAAAAGGCAUUGGCUAUAGGGGAGAAGGCCUAUGGGUGUGCCUACGAAGGGUGUGGCCGCCUCUAUACAACACUACAUCAUCUCAAGGUUCAUGAGCGAUCUCAUACUGGGGACCGGCCAUUCAAGUGUGAGUUCCUGACGUGUGGCAAGGCGUUUGCUACAGGGUAUGGCCUCAAGAGUCACACACGUGUACACACAGGGGAGAAGCCCUACAAAUGUCCAGAAGACAACUGUGAUAAAGCAUUCAAGACGUCCGGCGAUCUCCAGAAACAUGUCCGCACUCAUACAGGAGAGAGGCCGUUCAAAUGUCCCUUUGAGGGAUGUGAUAGAUCUUUUACAACGUCCAACAUUCGCAAAGUUCAUAUCCGUACCCACACUGGUGAGCGUCCAUACGUGUGCCAGGUGGAUGGAUGUGGGCGGGCCUUUGCCAGCGCAACCAACUACAAGAACCAUGUCCGAAUCCACACAGGUGAGAAGCCGUAUGUGUGUACAGUCCAAGGCUGCAAUAAGCGCUUCACUGAGUACUCAAGCCUUUACAAACAUCACGUGGUGCACACACACUCCAAGCCCUACAUCUGCAACCACUGCGGGAAAACGUACCGCCAGACGUCCACAUUGGCAAUGCACAAACGUACAGCUCACGGUGAGGACACCACAGCUGAGAGUGAGGCUCAGUUGUUUGCUCAGCAGCAGCAGCAACAGCAACUGACUCAGGGUGAAGAAGGGGAGGAGCCUGCCAGUAAGAGGUCCAGAUUACAGGUGACGCUGGCUGGAGGAGGAACAUCUCAGGAGGAAGGGGAGGGAACUCUGGUUAUCAACACAUCGGAACCUCAACAGGUUGCAAUGGUAUCUGCUGAAGGUGUGGUUGAAGAUGCAGGAGGGAUGGGGAUGGUGACGCUGCAUGCGCCGAGCCAGGUUGCACUGCAGCAGUUACAACAAGCUCAGGGCAUUGCGAGCAUCACCGUGGGUGACCAGGGUCAACAGGUGCUUGUUGUCACAGACCCUAGUCAGCUGGAGGCCAUACAUGCAAGUUUGCAGCAACUUGCAGCUGGCCAGGCUCAGUUCACGACAACAGAGGCAAUUGAGACUGCAGCAACAUCAUCAGCAGUGGCUUCCGCACCCCAGACAACAUCAACGUCGGUGGAGCCUGCUAUGAUUAUGUUUCAAGCUGAAUAACACGGGCUAUGGGAUGACUUAGAGAUUAUGUUUAUUUAUUUUUAUAUUUCAAUAUUUCAGUAAAGGAACUUAUGAUUAUUGCAAGACAAAUAUGAAUGUGAUGGAAUCUGAUUCUCAACAAACAGGCUAACAAAAGGUAAUUUAUUUCACUUGUUUGAUACUUGUCUGUACUGAGACCCUUUAAUAUUUUGUUCCACAAGCACUGUGUUGCUUAUUUUGUUCACGAGCUGAAAAGAGAUUUGCUCAGUUGGUGUGUUAUUUAUCCUGGAGUCAGUUCCACAAAGCAACCUUAGCGCUAAGAUCAUUGUAACUUCCAUACUGUUAGGACUAUCAUAAUGCUAACAUCACUUUGUGGAGCUGGCUCCUUCAAGAAUUCAUUUGCCCAUGACCUUGACCUUCAGAGCAGGUCAAGCACUUCCUUGCCAACUUAAAGUUUAGUUCUUUUUCACUGACUAUAUAUGAAGUCCUGAACAUAUGGAUCUUUAUUUCGUUAAUUGAUCAUCCUCGAUAACCCCAUUUCUGGUCUCCCUUGCUGUGAUAUUGCUAUCGGCAUAAAACUAAACUCGCUCACUCAUUGAAUCUGAUUCUAAAAAUAGCCAUCAAAUUGGAUUACACUCAGGAGUGAUGUUUGAAAUUUCCGAUGGGACAGAUGAAGAUGAAACCAGCUUCUAAAUAACGCUGUGGUUAAAGCGUUGGCUUGUCACGCCGAAGAACCGUGUUCGAAUCCCCACAUGGGUACAAUGUGUGAAGCCCAUUUCUGGUGUCCCCCGCCGUGAUGUUGCUGGAAUAUUGCUAAAAGCGGCGUAAAACCAAACUCAGUCAGUCAGUGGUAUGUUUUGGUCGUGUUUUGUAAGAUAGCCAUUGGUCAGUAUUACAUUAGAGAGAGUCCUAACAAUAGAGUGCACAGUCUAUGGCACUGGUGUAAUAGUGAAGGUCGGAAAUAAACGUUAGAUUUAGGUUUACAGGAGGAAUCCUCGUAGGAAAUCUUGGGUUAUUGUUUUCUUGAAUGAGAUGAAUCUGUACUUCCAGAACACUGCAAAGUGUGUCAAGAACUGUACAAAUGUACACCAUGGAAUUACAGAGUUGUAUUAACUGUACAGUUGGGCAGAUGAGUAUCAUGAAAUAACUGUUGCGUAAAUCUACAGUUGUAUUCUACAGUUGUAUUCAUGUGCAUGAAGAAGUGUUUGUUGUAUAAUUGUACAGUUGUACAAAUGUUUGUCAUGUUGCAACACUACAACUUUAUACAAAGCUGUUCAACUUUUGCGGUAGAGGACAACAAUUGUAUUCAAACAACAUUGUACAACUGUACCAUAAUACCUCCCAGUACAAUUGUAUACAUUUUUGUACAACUGUUAAACAGUAAUACAACACUGUACAAACAUGUUGUGUCUACUUUAGCUAGCUAAUCAAGGUUACUCCCAAACAUUAUGCAUUUAUUUUUGAUGAAACACAACCAGGGACUGAAUUACAGCCGAAUUUAUCAUAUCUUUAUGUCUCUUGUUUAUGAACAAUUGCUGGGGCGGUGGGGUAGCCUAGUGGUUAAAGCGUUCGCUCGUCACGCCGAAGACCUGGGUUCGAUUCCCCACAUGGGUACAAUGUGUGAAGCCCAUUUCUGGUGUCCCCCGCCGUGAUAUUGCUGGAAUAUUGCUAAAAGCAGCGUAAAACCAUACUCACUCACUCACUUAUGAACAAUUGCUGAUUACUCUAAUAACUUUUAUAAAAAUCAACAAUUUAUUUAAUGUUGUCAAAGCCUAAGUUUGUUACCAUUUCUAUUUGAAUGGUCAACAUGGUCAAGUCCACUUGUUUUGGUUUUCUUUGUAAAUAUCCCAGGAGGAAUGCAAGUUACUUAAAAUGUAUAUGAUAUUAAAACGAAUGUGUUUAUGAAACCUCUUCACUGUCAAGUUUCAAGGAAAUAAGAAAAGCAAUUCAAGAAAAUAACUGAGCCAGGCAUAAUUGACAUUUCAGGGGGUCAAGGACCAUGGAAAUAUUAGUGACAUGAGAUGCAUGUAAGCUCAAUCACAUUGCUCAGUUACUGGUACAACAUGAUCUCAGAUUGAAUGUGUUAAAUUGGCUGUUUGAGAGUUUUUAAUCUUCCAGUGUGGUUCUGAAUCAUUUCGGCUUCAUGUAUGAGAGUUGUUAGUGAGACGUUCCAUACUUAAUGCCUAUAGCUAAGUGCAAUAUGCCAACUAUAAACAGAGAGAAAAAUCUAGGCCCAAGUCAUGUACUAUUUCUGCAUAUUCCCACAAGAAUAUAUUUUUUAAGGUGUUGUUUCAUUAAAACCAUAAGCUAUCAAGCAUAUCCUGUUGUGUAGAACAUGAGAAGCAGUCCCAUAUCUGCCCUACCGAAUCUUUCUAAUCAAGUUAAUCAAGUGACGAUAUUAUUUAAACAUAUUUAUGUGAACCAAACCACAAAAGAAAUGUUACUAUAACUGUACAUAUGCUUAAGUCAUCUCUCUGAUGUUUAACAUCCACCAGUAACAAUUUUCAUAGGCGAGUCACAAUUUGUGCUUCAAAGAGGAAUAUUUGGCAAUAAAUCUCACAGCUUUGUUUACAUAUGAGUUAAUGUGGGAAGAACUUUAUUCAAGGUCAUCAUCUGUAAAAGUACCCACCUCUUAUUAAUGAGAGGAAAAUUAGUAAUCCCCUCUUAUAUGAUUUGGAUGGGAACCUCCCCAGCUUUGAUGCUAUCCUAGAUAUAUCUGCUGACUUGGUUGACACAUCAUCGUAUCCCAAUUGCGUAUAUCGAUGCUCAUGCUAUUGAUCACUGGAUU